GCAAGCACCCAGGGCCUGGUAUGAAAAAUUAUCCACCUUUUUGAAAAAUGAAGGGUUCUGUCAGGGAAAUGUUGACAAGACUCUGUUUAUUAAAAGGGAAAACUCAGAUACUCUAAUCGUGCAAAUAUAUGUUGAUGACAUUGUGUUUGGCUCAACAAACCCUUCCAUGUGUACAAAAUUUUGUGAAAGCAUGAAAUCAGAGUUUGAAAUGAGCAUGAUGGGAGAAUUAUCACACUUCCUUGGAUUACAAAUCAAACAAACUAAGUCUGGAAUCUUUAUAAAUCAAUCUAGUUAUAUUGAAGCUAUGCUCAACAAAUUUGAGAUGAACUCUGUAAAUGAGAGUUUGACUCCUAUGGCAACAAACCUAAUGUUAGACAAAGAUGAAGGAGGAAUAGGAGUCUGUGAAAAGAAAUACAGAGGUAUGAUCGGUUCUCUCCUGUAUUUAACAGCCAGUAGACCUGAUAUUCAGUUUAGUGUAGGACUAUGUGCAAGAUUUCAAUCAAACCCUAAGGAGAGUCAUCUCAAAGCAGUAAAAAGAAUAUUCAGGUAUCUAAAGGGAACAAGAAGUGUAGGUUUAUGGUAUCCAAUCUCUGAUUCAUUUGAGCUGGUAGGUUAUAGUGAUUCUGAUUUUGGAGGAAGUUUGGUUGAUAUAAAAAGCACAUCAGGAACUAUACAGUUCCUUGGACCUGCUCUGGUAUCGUGGUUUAGUAAAAAACAAGGAGCUGUUUCUCUUUCGACCGCUGAGGCUGAAUACAUGGCAGCUGGAAACUGCUGUGCUCAGAUCAUGUGGAUGAAAGCUCAACUCUCUGAUUAUGGUUUUCAGUUUAAUAAUAUUCAGGUAUGUUGUGACAACACUAGUACAAUUAGCAUGACCAAGAAUCCUGUUCAACACUCUAGGAAAAAAGACAUUGAGAUAAAAUACCAUUUUAUUAGAGACCUAGUACAAGCAGGACACAUCUGUUUGCAAUUCGUCUCUACUGAAUCCCAGUUAGCCGUCUUAUUCACGAAACCCCUCUCCAGUGAACGUUUUCUUCAACUAUGCACAGAGAUAGGACUCAAAUCUCUUAAUCAGAUUAAAAAUCUUGUAAACUAACACUCACAUUGGACCUUUUUGCUCUGGGUAUUUAGCGUGUCUCGGGUUACACAAAAAUCUCUCUUUUUCGGCUCAUGCUUGCGUUGUUCCAAGACAGCGCCAUGCAUGCUAUGCAAUAAUCAUUACGUUUUCCCCAACUUUUCUCCUUAGGAGACUCUUCUGCUUCUCCUCUAUCCAUCCUUCUUUCUUUCUAUAUAAGGCUCUCCCCUUCUCCUCAAUCUUAUCACCGCUCCUCUAAAAUAAAAAAAACCUCCUUCUUAUCCUGAAAAUCUCAGCAAACCCUUGAGCUCUUCCAACCAUGAGCGAUUGCAUUCCUCGUCCCUUUCGAUUCGAUGGACUGGUUCACACCUUCUCUGAAUAUAUGUUCCAUGAACCCAGGGUGUUGAACCAUCAUCGGUAUCUUCAACAUUUUGAUAAGAGGAGGAUCCACCAUAUUACUCAGCUUGAUUCCUACGAAUUUAAUGUCUAUAAAUAUGACAUUAUUUCCCUGAUUGAAGGACUUGGAUGGGAUUUCCUUCUUCGUCAACCCCUCCACCCUGCCUGUCUAGGAGUCUUGAAGUACUUCUUUUUGAAUCUUCAAAGCCAAGGAGUGAGCUCAAGGAGCUUCACCACACUGGUUUAUGGUCACUUGUUGACUAUACCAGUUGAUGCCCUGAAUGCAAUUCUCGGUUUUCCCUCUCAAGGCCUUGGGAUAGCCCAUCCUUCUGAAUUCUGGAAGCACGAGUUCAAAAUUGAAGUGGAAUACAUCAACUUCUCCACCGAGCCAACUGGUGGCUCUGAUGUUCCAAUUCCUGCUGCCUGGUUACCUCCUCGACUAAGAAUCUUCCAUUAUUUUCUCACCCACGUCUUCUUCCCUCGCUCAUUUAACCAGGACCGAGUUCUUCAUAUGGAUCUAUGGAUCAUCUCCAGUGCAACUGCCAGGCGAAAGCUCGAUUUCGCCAGUAUUAUGUUCGGCCAACUCCUUCCUGUGGCUGAUGAAAACUACAAAGGGCUCAUGCCCUUUGCUUACAUCAUAACCCGACUACUUAUCAAUUUGGGGGUCGAUUUAUCUGAGUUUCGGAGUAUCUCCUCCACUAUGUAUGUCAGUGCACUAAAUGUGCUCAUGGUGCUUGAUCUACCUACUAACAUUCCUCCUCCUCCUCGUCCCUCUGCUUCCCUUCUUGGACCUGCUCCUAAGCCUUCCUCUGUUAAAAAGGCUAAGUCUGCUGGUGAACCCAGUAAGACUGGUGACCUUGUGUUCACCAUUUCUGAAGGCAACUCUUAGCCUCUGCACCCCCCUCCUAACCUUCUGUUGUUGUGUUUACAUAGGUAGUCGAGCAAUCUUUUGUACUGCUCUCCUGGUUUCAGGAUGAUGCUGUUGUUAAGGGGGAAUGAGAUUAGGUUUCAAGUAGUUUAGAUGUUUUUGCCUAGGGGGAAUAUUUUUGAUAUUCCUUUAUUUAGUAAAUCACAUUUCCCCAUGAUGCUCCUACUGUACCUAUGUUUUCAUUAAUGCAACUAUGUUUCCUUUUAGAAUCGAAGUCUACUGCUCUUUUCUUUCAUUUUGCAGGGAUCCUCACACUUCUCGGACGAAGGGGGAAAUUGUUGCAUGGGAUGUGAAAGGAAGUGGGUUCUCAAAACGAUGUCGUCUCUUGCUUGCCCAAAACGAUGUCGAACCACUAAAGCAACAAAGCAGCAACCUGGCUUGGGAAUCGUCAUUCGAAGUCUUCUUCCAUCUCGAGCUUUUCACUUUCGCAGACCUUUGCUCCCUUCACAAGAAACCUGGGCGAUGACCACCUCCUCUACUCCUCAAAAUGAUGAUCUCUACAAGGCAUAGGAAACGGGUAUGAAGUCUGCUCAAACAGUCACUUCUUGACCAACCAUAUAAAUAGGAAUCACUCGAGUUAUUCAAACUUGGUAGUGGAGAGCGAGGGAGAUUGGGUAUCUACUUUGUUCGUCAAUGGGUCCGUUAUUGUACCAACUUUAGUAGGACAAUCACAGGGUGUGUGGACCGGGUGAUUGAUCCUUGGGAAGUGGGGGUUUGAGUGUUUCUUUUCAUUUUCAAAGGGCCAAGCUUCUUGGCUUGGCUAGGGUUCCUGUUUUGCGAAGUGUAAACUUUUCGAAUUGAAUAAAAUUUCGAUCUUUUCUUUUCACUCUGAUUCCACAAUUCGGGGCAACAAAAUAGAAUUUUGCUA